UAAGCAUUAAACCCCCGAUCUCUCUCUCUCUCUCCCCCACCGCAUUCGCAUUCGCAUUCGCAUGGCUCUUCUUCUCCCUCCUCUUCCUCUCCACUCUCUUCGUCUCUCCACCUCCCUUUCCCCCUCCUCCUCCUCCCAUGGCCGCAACCACCAUCCCCACCAUCGUUCUCACGUAAGACCCCCAAAACCCUCCCCUCGCAUGGCCUCAAUGGAUGGCUACCCCCUCGCGCUCCCCUCCGUCCCUCCCCGGCGGCGUCCUCCGUACGUCCGCCGGGGCUCCUGCCUCGUCGUCCCCCCGCCGUCCCCCGCCCGCAAGCCCUCCGCGGUCGUCAAGUUCCUCGGCGGCGCCUUCGUCGGCGCCGUCCCCGAGCUCACCUACAGCCACUUCAUGGAGCUUCUGGCGAGGGAAGGGUUUCUUGUGGUUUCGGUGCCAUACGAUGUGACCUUUGAUCACGAGAGGGCUGCGAAAGAGGUUUUCGAGAGGUUUCACUCCUGCUUGGAUUCACUUUUGGAUGCGGGAAUUCCUGACGCUGGCUUGGAGCCUUCGGAUCUUUCUCGCCUUCCGAUCUUCUCUGUUGGUCAUAGUAAUGGGGCACUUCUGCAAUUACUCGUGGGAAGCUAUUUCUCAGAAAAGAUACCUAAGGCUAAUGCAGUUAUCUCGUUCAACAACAAACCGGCAGCAGAGGCUGUUCCAUAUUUUGAGCAGUUAGGCCCUAUGGUUAGCCAAGUGAUGCCCAUUAUGGAAGUAUCCCCUGUGUAUUCUAUGGCCAGAAAUGCCUCAGAUGAUGCAUGGAAGGCCCUGCUCGACACUGCUGGAACAUUAAUACAGGAGUAUGAUCAAGAAAUUAUGGUAUCAUUAAAUAAGUUUGCUGAUCAGAUACCAUCGGUCAUGAAUCAGGUCACGCAAGGUAUAUCAGAGUUCAGACCAACACCAUCAGAAAACCGCCAGUUAUUUAAGAAAUCAUACAGCGUACCUCAUACAUUGCUGGUCAAGUUCAGUGACGAUCCCAUCGACGAGACUGACCUUCUUGAGGACAUAUUGCGACCUCGUGUUGCGUCAAUAGGCGGCAGCAUAGAAAAGGUCACAUUAUCAGGAACUCAUCUCACCCCGUGUGCACAGGACUUGCAAUGGCAAGUAGGCCCUCAGUACACACCAGCCGAUGCUGUCGCGCAGAGUUUAAAAUCCUUGUCUCUCAAUGACACGAGAGUACUCGCUAGAACUAUCGCCGACUGGUUUAAACGCAUCAAUCCCGAGUAAGUUACGGUGUACGGAGAUCUACGAGCUACGACGUGUAUGUUAUGUUGGAUUCAGCCUGCACCAGUUGGUGUCAGGGUAUUCAUGAGGCAACAUACACAAUCAAUCAAAUUUAGGUCUCUAUCGCAUGUACAUGUGUAAUAGUUAUGCUAUUAUGGAGUCUUGGAUGAAGUAGGAAAGGUCUUCAACUUCAUGACUAGCUAUUUGUAAAGUCAUGAACCCACAAUUUUUUCACAAUUUUAAUGGUGGCUUUUUGUAUGUGGAAGGAACAUUAUUGAAUGUAGUGUAAAUUUUUAUUGCUAGAUAAAGAAGUAACAUUUCUUUAAA